GAGAAGGUGCCCGUGACGAUCCUGACGGGCUUCCUCGGCAGCGGGAAGACGACGCUGCUGAACCACAUCCUCACGGCGCAGCACGGCAAGCGCAUCGCCGUCAUCGAGAACGAGUUCGGCGACGUCGGCAUCGACGAGCAUCUCCUGAAGCAGAACAUGAAGCAGCAGGUCGAGGGCGAGGAGCUCAUCGAGAUGAUGAACGGCUGCAUCUGCUGCACGGUGCGCGCGGACCUCGCCGUCGUGCUCAAGAAGCUCAAGCUCAAGCACGACUUCAACCCGCUCGACGGCAUCGUCAUCGAGACCACGGGCAUGGCGGACCCGGCGCCCGUGGCCCAGACCUUCUUCGUCGAGGAGGAGAUCAAGCAGUUCGCGAAGCUCGACGGCAUCGUGACCCUCGUCGACGUCAAGCACAUCGUCCAGCACCUCGACGAGGAGAAGCCCGAGGGCGCGGAGAACGAGGCCGUCGAGCAGGUCGCGUUCGCGGAUCGCCUCAUCCUCAACAAGAUGGACCUCGUGCCCGACGAGGGCGAGCGCAAGGCCGUGGCGGCGCGGCUCCGGGCCAUCAACAAGUUCGCGCCCAUCGUCCGCUGCGAGCAGAGCAAGGUGUCGCCGGACCAGGUGCUGAACAUCGGCGCGUUCGAUUUGAAGCGGACGCUGGACAUGGACCCCGAGUUCCUCAACACGGACGGCGAGCACGAGCACGACGCCUCCGUGACGUCCCUGGGCAUCGACCUGCCGAGCCCCGGCUCCGCGGUGGACUUGGGGCUCUACAACAACUGGCUCGACGGCUUGAUGCGGACCAAGGGCGCGGACCUGUUCCGCAUGAAGGGCGUGCUCGACGCCGUGGGCCUCCCCUGCCGCUACGCCUUCCACGCGGUCCACAUGAUCUACAACGGCCACUUCAUCGAGCCCUGGGCGCCGAACGAGGCGCGGUCGACGAAGCUCACGCUCAUCGGCAAGAAUUUGGACCACGCGGCGCUCAAGGCGGGCUUCCUCGCCUGCCUCGCG